AGGAUGGUCAGGCACAAAAAUUGACCAGCAGUAAUUUCAACUAUAUAUAUUGCAUUGCAUUUAUCCUUAAGGCUGUGGCUGUGCUAGCAGCAGAUGGUAGGCAGAUAGUCUCAAGAGCAAAGUCAGAGGCACCUAAUUAUGAGAAGUCGGAAUUACUGAGACUUUUGAUUCCAUACGAUGUAUAUCUUCAGAACUGUAAGUUAAAGCUGUUUCCACCAGGAUUUACAGAGAACCCAUGCCUGUGAAAGAAUUAGCUGAUCAUGUAUUCGUGUCUAUGUUCAUAUGCUCAAAAAAAAAGCUAUGUUCAUCUGUUUACACUCUACUGGUGGCUCAGAUAAGGUAGUUAACACUUUCUUGUUCAAGAAGGCAGUUGCCUUCUUCAACACACUACUUGAUAGCUUGAUAAUAUUAUUUACAACUUUACAUGUAUUAAAAUGUGCAAUAUUAUUUACAAAUUUUGGUUCUGCUCUGGGUAAAGGAAGACAAGCUGCAAAAACGGAGAUUGAGAAAUUGAAGCUUUAUGAGCUGACCUGCAGGGAAGGCAUCGUUGAGGUUGCCAAGAUAAUUUAUGGUGUACACACCGGAGCGAAAGACAAAUCUUUGAGCUGGGUAUGCGAUGAAUCUAACCGCCAGCAGGAGAAGGUUCCAAGCGAUCUUGUGAAGCAGGGCAAGGCAGCGCUUGAGGAGAUGGACGCUGACUAAGAAGAGUCCGCCAAUUAUUCUCAAGGUUUCACAUUUCCUUCCACGCGUGGUGUAACAGAUACAUGACUGGUUCAUGAUUUUUCAUGUCGGCGCUAAAAGAUACCACCUCAGUAUGUUGUUGCCUUUGCCCAGUCGAGGGCUCGUGUUGUUUGUUGUUCUCGCGGAUCGUAGUCUGCUUGCUUUUAAAAAAAAAGUAUUCUGCUUGCUGUUUGGUCGCACAUGGAUCUGAAUCUAUUGAACUCUGAAUGACCUUGAAAUCCAA